UAUUGUUUAAAUUAGUUUCAAGUAAGCUUUUUUUGAACGGAAAAGCGAUUUAAUUGUGAAAUAAUAAUGAAUCUGAUCAGCCAAAUAAUUUGGAUUCUUUUCGGAGCAAGUAUAGACUUGGCUCUAGGUGAUGAUAUCCUUAGACGAAAUAAAACUAGAAAUGUUGAAGAAGAAAGUCAAUUAAUAUUCUCGCAUGUUAUAGUACGACAUGGUGAUCGAAAUAUAUGGUCUGGUUGUCCCAACGAUCCAUUUGGAGAUGAAUCAUAUUGGAUUGGUGGUUUCGGCGCACUAUCAAAUUUUGGAAAGCGAGAUUUAUUUGAUUUAGGGCAAUAUAUGCGUACAAGAUAUCAACAUCUCGUUGGAACAAGCUAUUCACCGAAAACUGUCUACAUUCGUAGUACUGAUGAAGAUAGAAAUUUAAUGAGUUCACAGUGUUUGGCAGCUGGUCUAUAUCCGCCAUCCGAGGAUGAAAUUUGGCACAAUGAUCUCAAUUGGCAACCGGUUCCAGUUCAUACAGUUCCAUCAACAACGGAUUACUUUUUACACUCAUUCGUUCCAUGUUCGCUUGCCGAUAAGCUCUUUAAAGAACUUAUGUCAUCCGAAUUUGUGAAAUCCUUAUUGGAAAAACAUAGAACCUUGAUCAGUUUUAUGGAAAAUAGUUGCGGAAAACCGAUUAAAACUUUAUCUGAUGUCUAUAAGACAUAUAACACGCUUACAAUUGAAGAACAAAGAGGUUUUGAUAUUCCAGAUUGGGCUAAGGAAAUUUUAAAAUCAAAUGUUACACUGGAAUAUCUAUCAGCUGUUAGUUAUCAAAUUGCUACGUACUUACCUGAAAUGAAAAAGAUAAGAGCUGGAUUUUUAAUCAAGGAAAUGUUAGAUCGUUUUAAAAACAAAACGUUAUCAAAUUUACAGCCGGAUCGAUCGCUUUGGAUUUACGCUGUCCAUAGCACAGGCAUUGUCAACAUUUUAAAUAGUCUUGAUGUAUUUGAGAUGAUGAUUCCACCGUGUGGAGCUAGUUUGCAUUUUGAACUAUUUCAACAAGGCAAAGAAUAUUAUGUUCAAUUGCUUUACAAAACACCAUUCACAAAAAAUGCGAUUCCAUUGAAAAUUAAAAGUUGUGGCUUCAUUUGUUCACUCGAUGAAAUUUACGAAAUUUACAAUGACAUAUUGCCAAAGGAAGAUGAGGAUUUUGAGUCUCUAUGCCGUUUAAAAGUAUAAAAUAAGAAAAUGCACACAAGAUUAUCAGUACACAGAAAGAAAAUAUCAGCCGACGCUAUACGCAAAACCGACUGGUACGUGCGCU